GAUACUGAUCAUACAAGGAGACAUGCCAUGAAUGCUUUCCAGAACAUGUGACGUCAUUAAAUAUGGAGGGAAUGGGAAAACAGUGCCCAGGAAGACAAAACGUCCGGUUUCUGGUCAUAUUUGUCGCUGCAUUUUCUGUCGUCUUCAUCUAUACUCUGACUGGUAACGAAAAAUUCAACGAAAGUUUACUGGACAACUUGAAACGUUUUCAACUGAAUGCUGUGUUUAGAAAAGACAGUACCUUUACAUCAACUUCCGGUGACAAAACCGGAAGUGCGAUAAAAGAAUCUGCAUUUUUAGCGGCUUCACUAAACAACAAAAAACGAGGCAACUUUACUGCCGUCAUUUUGUUGACGUACAUGCGCAGCGGGUCCUCAUUAACCGGGGAAAUCCUGCAACAGCCAAACGACACGUUCUACCUGUUUGAACCUUUAAAAAGUAUCGAACACAUCAAGAUGAAAAAUUGGUCAAUUUCUUACUUAAACGGAACUGUGAUGGCAAACGGAAGCUUUAACUUGCAAGCUGUGUAUUUGGAGAAUUUGAUUGGUUGGCUGACAUGUAAUUUCUCCAGAGUGUGUAUUGAAUCGUUAUUGGAUACGGAAUUUCUUCAAUAUAGUAAAAAACUGAUACCAUAUUUGAAAUGCAUCGACGGGGGUGGCCUCGGUAAACCAAGUUCUCAAAGGGUGUCAUUCCUACAAAGUGCAAAUGAAGUUGAAACCGAACAGUUUAAAAAGUGCUUACAGGAAAUGCGAAAUGUUUGCUUACAGUCGAAGUACAGAAUUGUGAAAACGAUCCGAACAAAAAUGUCGUCUGCUGUGGAAGUUUUACAACAAGUUGCUGCAAGUAAGGUUAUUCAUUUAAUAAGGGAUCCUAGGGCAACAAUCGAGUCCAAAAGUCACAGAAAUGUGUGUAGUUCGGGUUUGAACAUGUGUAUAAGAGAGCAUUGCCGAAGAGUUUGGGAAGAUACUGAGUUUAAAGAGCGUCUGGAAUCAAGUAGGCGCUUUCAUACAGUUAAAUACGAAGACAUUGCAAGCCGACCCAUUAUGUCGGCGAAAUCUAUGUACGAUUUUAUUGGAAUGUUUUUAACACCAAAAAUAACAGAGUAUGUCUAUGAUAUAACUUUAGGAAAAAAUAAAUCUAGUUGUAAAGUUUGUAAAACACGAUGGCAAAUUGGAGGUACCAAUUUGAGCUCCAAAUCUCACGUAGACGCUUGGAAAAGCAAGCUGCCAGGAAAGUUUAUUACGAGUACACAACGACUGUGCAGUGACGUUUUAAGAUAUUAUGGAUACCAAAAUUAUGCUGUUCCCUACACAAAGGAAAGAAAAACUGACAAAAUGCUUAGAAAGUUUCCUACAAAUAAUGCAAUUAUAUAAAAUAUAACAACUGGCAAUAUGGUUUAAAGGCACAUUAUG